AGCCACCGCCGAGGGGCAGCCCGGUAGGGGCGGGGCCUCGUGGCUGCGCUCCAGAGCCCCGCCUGCCGGCACCUCCCCGCGGACCGGCCAGCGGGUCACGUGACGGGUCGGCGGCGCCGGCGGUUGCUGUCACCUGAUUCUGGGAGCUGGUGGCAGCGGCAGCCGCGGCAAUGGACUUUCUCCUGGGAAAUCCGUUCAGCUCUCCGGUGGGACAGCGGAUCGAGAAAGCUACAGAUGGCUCCUUGCAGAGCGAGGACUGGGCCCUCAACAUGGAGAUCUGUGACAUCAUCAACGAGACCGAGGAAGGCCCCAAAGAUGCCUUCCGAGCAGUGAAGAAGCGAAUUGUGGGGAAUAAGAAUUUCCAUGAGGUCAUGCUGGCCCUUACGGUCUUGGAAACAUGUGUUAAGAACUGCGGGCACCGCUUCCAUGUACUGGUGGCCAGCCAGGACUUUGUAGAGAAUGUGCUGGUGAGGACCAUCCUGCCGAAGAACAAUCCACCCACCAUUGUGCAUGACAAGGUGUUGAACCUCAUCCAGUCUUGGGCUGACGCGUUCCGCAGCUCGCCUGAUUUGACAGGUGUUGUUGCUGUCUACGAGGACCUGCGAAGGAAGGGCCUGGAAUUUCCCAUGACUGACCUGGACAUGCUGUCGCCCAUCCACACACCCCAGAGAACUGUAUUCAACUCAGAGACACCAUCGGGACAGAACUCUGUGGGCUCCAACUCCAGUCAGCGCAGAGACCCGAGUCAGCAUGUUACCCCUCUGCCCACUCCAGCUGUUCUCCCGGGUGAUUCACCCAUCACACCGACUCCUGAGCAGAUUGGGAAGCUGCGCAGUGAGCUGGAGAUGGUGAGCGGAAACGUGCGAGUGAUGUCAGAGAUGCUGACAGAGCUGGUGCCUACCCAGGUAGAGCCUGCAGACCUGGAGCUACUACAGGAACUCAACCGAACCUGCCGUGCUAUGCAGCAGCGGAUCCUGGAGCUCAUCCCUCGUAUCUCCAAUGAGCAGCUGACGGAGGAACUGCUCAUGAUCAAUGACAACCUCAACAACGUGUUUCUGCGCCAUGAACGGUUUGAGCGCUUCCGAACAGGCCAGACUGCCAAGGCCUCCAGUGAAGCUGAGCUCGCUGCUGACCUGAUUGACAUGGGCCCUGACCCUGCAGCCACAAGCAACCUCUCAUCCCAGCUGGCAGGAAUGAAUCUUGGCUCCAGCAGUGUGAGAGCUGGCCUGCAGUCUCUGGAGACCUCAGGUCAUCUGGAAGAUGACUUUGACAUGUUUGCUCUGACUCGGGGCAGCUCACUGGCUGACCAACGGAAAGGGGUCAAAUAUGAAGCUCCCCAAACCACAGAUGGUCUGGCUGGGGCCCUGGAUGCCCGGCAACAGAGCACCGGAGCGAUCCCCGCCACCCAGGCCCGCAUCAUGGAGGACAUUGAGCAGUGGUUGUCCACCGAUGUGGGGAACAGUGCUGAGGAGCCCUCUGGUGUCACCAGUGAAGAAUUUGACAAAUUCCUGGAAGAACGAGCCAAAGCUGCUGAUCGGCUUCCCAACCUGGCCAGCCCUUCAGCCGAGGGGCCCUCCAGACCCUCUCCUGGAACAGCCCCUCGGAGGAAGACCCAGGAAAAGGACGAUGACAUGCUGUUUGCCUUAUGAAUGCAGGGUCUGGCAUCCUGCAGCCCAGGGCCUGACACUCUCAUACCUGCUGGGGCCCUUCCCUCCCUUGGUGUUAAGGCUGCUUGGGGGUGUUUUGUUACCCCACUUCUCUUCUCCGAAGCCUGGGCAGCAGUGGGAUGAACUGAAGGAACAAGUCAGCCCUCUCCUGGGAUCCUGACUGGUCCUGCCUUCUUCCCAUCCUGCUAACGACUCUGACUUUACUGAGCUCUAGGGCCCCAGACAAGCUGACCUGAUAUGACCUAAUUGACCUGGUGUAAGGCUGCUUCCAUGAAAUUCCCCUGGUCCCUUACCCAGAGAAGCCCACAGAAGCCCUCCAGAAUCUACACUACCAGUCUAGGCAAUAGAGGAGACAUUACCGCAGCCUCGCCUAUCCCAUCCCCCUGCAGAGUGGAGCCUGAAGAAGGCUUUAGUGGCUGUUGGGAUGGGCUAUGGGGGCCCCUGCUGAGCUGCCCACUGUCCUGGUACGAAGCUGCACCCAGUGAGAAAAGACCUCACUGCCCAGGUAUCAAGAUGAGUCCUCGGGGAUUCUGGGUACCCAGAGCACCUCCCCCCAGUUCGUCCACUGCCUUUCCCCUAUCCUUGCUCUGUUCCUCCAGCAGGGCUCCACCCACCUGGGGCUCAUCUGUUGACUGGUCCUCAGGUACAGGGAGAGGUGCCUUUGUGUCCCCAAAUAAAAGUAGAAAACCACUUGCCAGCAUGGUC